CUCAGUCAUCGUCCAAUACAAUUUGUAACGCUCGUACUUUACCCUUUGUCAAAAAUCUCUGAAAUCAUUCUAGCCUCGAAAGAUUUUAAGCGAUCCCGUAUGACAAUUGGGUCACCCCGUUCCAGAGUCUUAAAUUCUGCUGAUACUCAAUAUACCAAAUUACGACUUACAAUUUCCUGUUUCGAAUAAGGACUCUAUGAACUGAACCUUCAUCAGGUCAGUUAAUCACAUUAUUGUUCACAUUUUGCAUUAUCUCUCCAGCUUCCGCUCUGACAAGUCUCAUGUUAUUAGACGGACAACAAAUCCGUCAUGUUUUCCAAUAAAUUUCCGACAAUAUUAUUGUGCCUUCUUUCUUGCUGUCUAAUAACUACGCCAACUUUCUUGAGUAUGUAACGCAUCAUCAACGUUGAAUUUACAUACACACUUAACACGGCGUGAUAAAUCCAUUAUAUAACUGUGUGUAGGUUUAAAUGGACAAAACCUUUGGGCCUGGAAGCAAGCAAUUUUAGGUGGCCGACCAGCAGGUCUUGGUGGUGGUGGUGGACUUUCCUUCAGACCUGCCUUUGUUACUCUUUUCGCAAACCUCACGGCUAGACCCGUCAAUUCGACGACGACGACACGGCCAACAAGCGCAAUUACGACGGCAACCACUCGACCAACGACGGCUGCCGCUGCUACUACGGCGACUGUUACGACGACUAUCACGACGAGACCACCUACCACGACGGUAGCAGUCACUACUACACGACCAACCACUUUAAAUCCCCUACAAAUAUACCCCGGUUACCCCGUCCCUCAAUAUCCUGGGUAUCCUCCACCCUACUACCCUGGGCUAAGUCACCUGAAUCACCUAAGCCACCCUGGGCUGUUUCCUGCGAUGCUACCUGCAUAUCCUCCAGGAUUGUAUGGUCAAGGUGGCAUUGGCACUUCUGCUGCGGCAGCGGCUGGUCCAGUGGGAGGAGUCGGAGGUCAGGUCGCAUUUCCAGCAGGGGGUGGACAGGUAUUAGUUGGGGGAGGACUGGGAGGUGGACAGGUAUUAGUUGGCGGAGGAGUGGGGGGUGUACAGUUACCUUCACAGUUACCUCAAACGGCACCAAUCUAUUUUCCUGGCCCUGUGCGCCCUGCUGUCAGACCUCCCUCCCUCCUGCAAAUAUUACAACAGCGACCACUUCUACUAGGGAAGUAGAACAAUUCUAUAAGCAGCUUGAUGCCUGAGCCUUAUUCAUGUAUUCUAAGGUAGGGCUGCUUAGCUAAUGUAUAUACGUACGAUUAAAUGAGGAAAUAAAAAUAUGGAACAUUUAUUCUCAAAUUACGUAAAAAAAACUGGAGAAGUAGUGAAAGCAACCCCGUGAAGUUUCAUUAUUUACUACAUCCUAUCAUCAUUGGCGUUAUUACUAUCUUCCAUUUGCCAAAUUGGCUCAUCAACGUCCAUCUCAUUUUCUGCGAUGUCUCUGAAUUGUUCACAUUCCUUCUCGGCUGACAUUCACACUAUUGUGUGAAACUUGCAUUUUUGUUUAAGGUGUGCGAAACAAACAUCCAUCCAUCCAUCAUUCGGCUUCCUGCGAAAAUCCUUAUGUAUUGAUUACACAACACAUAUUUUAAACUAUUUUUACUUUUGCGAAAAACAGCGUCAGUUGUCUAUUCAAGCCCAUUCAGACCCAUUCACAAUGGAUCGUUCUCCAGACCUAUAUAUUUUUUUGUUAAUUUUUAAUUUGUUCAACCCCAUCGUCACUACUAAUGUCUCAUCAACACCAUCUGCAGAUCUUUCCACAGUUUUAGCAGCAACUUCUUCAACAACGAUAUCUGCACCACCACCAACGCCUGGGAGUGUUUCAAUAAAGGUCACCAUCAACCCCUCCUCAACAACUACAAGAAUUCCUUUAACUAAAAUUCCGAGGAAGGAAGUUGAAAAAAUUGGGAUUAAACCACCCUCAACCCAGCUCCUGUUGGACGGAGAACGUCUCAAACUUAAUAUCACGGCUCUGGAUAACUUUGUGGAAUUGUCAGUCAUAAUUUCCAACUCGUCCUCUGCUAAGAUUGCAGGAACGGCUAAACGACUUUUACUAGCGUUGGAAAAUGAUCACUACAAUGUGGAUGUUGUUUCAAUCCCUUUUUCUUCAGAUGGACCUCAGGUUUCAUUAUCAAACAGAAUUGAGGAUUGGAGUUGGAACAAAAGGAAUGGAAUUUUAUUGAAAGAUCAUGCCCAAAGUUACAAAUGGAUCUUGUCUGGUUUAGAAAGUAAUAAUACUCUUGGUACUUUUAUUACCUUUCAAAGGAAAUGGCAGACGUGCGAUGUACAGGACGUUCAUUUUGGGCUUUCACCAAUGAAAAUAUGGUGGUCCUUUGACAAUGGGACAGUAAAGUACGAGAACGACAAAAUGAGACAGGAACUCGAGAAACAGCAAACUGGCAACAGCUCAGCUUCUGACCUCAAAAAUGGGACACUAACGAAAACCAACAAAUCCAUUGACGCCACGAAUGUCACAACACCAACCGUGGCACCAAGUGAAGAAGUUGAAGUUUUGAGGUCCAUAAAAAAUAGUAACUUUCAAGGGCCAGUAAACUUUACAUUUGGAGAUUUGCUAAGAAAUCUUACUUUCUUUAUUAUGGGAUGUGGGGAAUCCACCACCCAAUUUCAGUGCAAUGCUUCAGACAUCCGAAAAUUGCAGCUUGCGAAUUACUCAGAUCUUUUAAGCGUGGGGAAGAUUUCUUUAAAAGCUUUUGACUCCGUUAAAAAGGACGGAAAAGUUCAGGAAUGCAGUGUUGCAAUUGAUUACGCGAAUGGGGGGAACGAGAAAAAAUUUCACGCCUUGUUUGGAUUUCCGAAGAAAAGUAAAGGGAAUAAAAUAACCCAACCGGAUCACGCAAUAUUUUCGGUUAUGAUUUUUAUUCCGUACUUUUUGGUUCAGUUAAGUUGCAGUAGUGACACUUGUGCACCACCAUGUUGGUACUAGAAAUUACUUGUCGAUUACUUUCUUGAAAACUAAAAUAAUAUCAGAAAUACUCAAUCAUGCGAGAUUUAUUGUACAUAUUUAACAAAUGCAAAACAGACAAUUUAAACAAGUUGCGUUGAAAUGUGUGUAACAUGUAUAAAAUGUAUCAAGAAUAAUAAACUGUAAUUUGUACAAAA